AUGGUGGCCGCUCCGUGCGCCCGGCGGCUGGCGCGGCGCUCCCGCUCGGCGCUGGUGGCGGCGCUCACCGUUCUGCUCUUGCAGACCCUCCUCGUCUGGAAUUUCACGUCCCUCGACGCCGGUGAGGAGCAGCGCGGCGGCACCGCCGGCCGAGAGAAACGGGACCGUGGCGGAGACCAGCGGGCGCACCCGCAGCGCCGCGGACCCGCCGCCCCGCACGGCAAAGCAAUGGAUGGCUAUUUUUCCCACCGACCGAAAGAGAAAACACGAACAGACAGCAAUAAUGAAAAUUCAGUCCCCAAGGACUUUGAAAAUAUUGAUAACAGUAACUUUGCUCCCAGGACUCAGAGGCAAAAUCACCAGUCUGAGCUGGUGAAAAAACCCCUUAGUAAGCAAAAGGAGCACUUGAGAAAGAAACUGGAAGAGGAGAAAAUGAAGGAGAACUUGCUGCUAGGAAAGAACUCCAAUGAGGUGGUGCAAUUCAGUGAUCACCCCGGAAAAAACAGCAGCAGCAGCAGCAACAACAACAACAACAACAAUUUGAAGGAGAUUCACAGGUCUCCCAGACAGCAUCAUUUAAAAAAAGUUGGAAACAGCUCCCCUGAACUGAAAUACGACCAACCACCGAAGUGUGAGGUAACAGGCAAAGAGGCAAUUUCAGCCAUGUCCCGGUCUAAAACUAAGCAGUGUCAGCAGGAGAUUGCAGACGUGUAUUGUCAGCACAAGCAUGGAAAGCUGAUGCCAGAGAAGGUGACGCGUUUCUGUACACUGGAGGGAAAAGCCAACAACAAUGUACAGUGGGAUGAGGACUCCGUAGAAUACAUGCCAGCCAACCCAGUCAGGAUCGCAUUUGUCUUGGUUGUUCAUGGCAGAGCUUCUCGGCAACUCCAACGCAUGUUUAAGGCUAUUUACCAUAAAGACCAUUUUUAUUACAUUCAUGUUGACAAGCGAUCCAAUUACUUGCACCGGCAAGUGCUCCAGUUUGCUAACCAGUACCCAAAUGUGAGAGUCACUUCUUGGAGAAUGGCAACUAUCUGGGGAGGAGCAAGUCUUCUGACCACCUACCUGCAGGCCAUGAGGGACUUAAUGGAGAUGAACGACUGGCCAUGGGAUUUCUUCAUCAACCUCAGUGCUGCUGACUACCCAAUCAGGACAAAUGACCAGCUAGUAGCAUUCCUGUCCAGAUAUCGUGGUAUGAACUUCUUGAAAUCACAUGGGAGGGACAACGCAAGAUUUAUCAGAAAACAAGGACUGGAUCGGCUUUUCCUGGAAUGUGACACCCACAUGUGGCGCCUGGGUGACAGGAAGAUCCCAGAAGGAAUCGCAGUUGAUGGAGGGUCAGACUGGUUUCUUCUGAACAGGAAGUUUGUGGAAUAUGUUACUUUUUCAAAUGAUGAUCUGGUAACAAAGAUGAAGAGGUUUUACUCUUACACUCUGCUUCCUGCUGAGUCCUUCUUUCACACUGUUCUGGAAAAUAGCCCCUACUGUGAAUCCAUGGUGGACAACAACUUGCGCAUCACAAACUGGAACCGAAAACUCGGUUGCAAGUGUCAGUACAAGCACAUUGUUGACUGGUGUGGCUGUUCACCUAAUGACUUCAAACCAACAGACUUCCACCGAUUCCAGCAGACUGCCAGGCCAACUUUCUUUGCCCGUAAAUUUGAAGCUGUAGUGAAUCAAGAGAUAAUUGGCCAGUUGGACUACUACUUGUAUGGCAACUAUCCAUCUGGCACCCCCGGCCUCCGGUCCUACUGGGAGAACGUGUACGAUGAGCCGGACGGCGUGCGCAGCCUGAGCGACGUCGCCCUCACCAUGUACCACGCCUUCUCCCGCCUGGGCCUGCGCAGGGCCGAGACGUCCUUCCAUGCUGCUGGAGACAACAGCUGCAGAUACUACCCCAUGGGCCACCCAGUUUCUGUCCACCUUUACUUCCUUGCUGACCGUUUCCAAGGCUUCCUGAUCAGACAUCAUGCGACCAAUCUGGCUGUCAGUAAACUAGAAACUUUGGAAACGUGGGUGAUGCCAAAGAAAGUCUUUAAGAUCGCAAGUCCACCAAGUGAUUUUGGAAGGUUACAGUUCUCAGAGAUUGGCACUGAAUGGGAUGCCAAGGAAAGGAUUUUCCGGAAUUUCGGAGGGCUCCUGGGGCCAACAGAUGAGCCAGUUGGCAUGCAGAAGUGGGGAAAGGGCCCCAACGUCACCGUUACUGUCAUCUGGGUGGAUCCUGUUAACAUCAUUGCAGCAACGUAUGACAUUCUUAUUGAAUCCAGUGCUGAAUUUACCCACUACAAACCACCUUUGAACUUGCCCCUGCGACCCGGAGUCUGGACGAUAAAAAUUCUGCACCACUGGGUGCAGGUAGCUGAAACCAAAUUCCUUGUUACUCCUCUUACCUUCUCUAACCAGCAGCCUAUCAAACAAGAGGAAGCCAUGAAGUACCACAGUGGGCCUCCAAAGAAUGCAUACAUGGAGCAGAGCUUCCAGGGCUUGAACCCCAUCCUGAACAUCCCCAUCAGUGCCGCUCGCGUGGACCAGGCCAAGAGGAAUGCGGGACUGGUGGGCGCCCGUCUGGAAGCCUGGGUGGACUCUCUGGUCAGCAGCAUCUGGUCAGCUGUCGACAUCUGCAGCACGGGCCCCACGGCCUGCCCAGUCAUGCAGGGCUGUGCUCAGACAGCCUGGAGCUCCCUCAGCCCGGACCCCAAGUCUGAGCUGGGCCCCGUCAAACCCGACGGCCGCUUGAGGUAGCACCCGGUACGGAACCCUCCGGCAUAGGUUUUGGAAAGGGAAUUUAACCUUGCUCAUAUGUGAAUCUCUCGAGGGAACAUUAUCCUUUUUUUUUUUACUUAUUGCAAUAUAAUUCAUUUCAUUACAAAAAAAAAAAACACAACAGUUUUGACAAGGCCUUUGGCACUGCCCCCUCCAUCAGCUGUGUCAGGAGCAGCUUUGGUUGUCCAGCAGCCUCUGUUGUCCCAUGGGGCACUGGCCCUACUGCUGUGGCCUCUGCGGCUUUCAAACAGUAGGUGCAAACCAUGGAGAGGGCAGUGAAGGAGCAGCUGCUAAAAGUGUUUUUUAAAAAUAAAUUUAUCUGUACCUCUGCUAUUUCAUAGGCUUUCUUUGUUUUGCUACCGUGAAUAAAUCACAGCAAAUAUCCCUUCCACUUUAGGCCUCCUGGGUAGGCUGGUUCCUGCAGGCUAGUAUGGCUGCAGUACCUCACAGAACCUGAAAUUACACCCUCACGUUUUUAAUAACACAAAGUAAUUCUGGAUUCAGCUGAUGUUUGUUGUUAUUGUAGUUAGAGAAAAUUAACAAAACCAGAAACUUUCAGAUUAUUUUCAGAGGGUUUUUUAGAAUAAUCUUGUUAUAGACUCUAAAUCAAAGCAGUGUUUUGCUGUAUUAGGUUUUUAUGUCUCAUGCAAUCGGGUCCAGGGUCUCAGUUCUAGGAUUAUCAGUUUAAAGAACAAAGAAUCAUUUUGGAUUUCAGCCUUUUCAAAUCUGUAAGUAUUUCUCUAAGCCCACCAGCACCAAAGCAUUUUCACAGACUUCCAGUACAGCAGGUGUGUCCGUCUAGCUGGGAUGGAUUGUGCUGUCUCUGCUCACACCCAUUCCUGACUUGGCUUGUGAGCUGAGCUGCUUCUCAGGCAGUGGAGUUGUCUGGAAUUAGAAAAUAGUAGAAUUGGGACCUAAAUCUGCAACAAUACAUCUCUUCCCUAAUUUGAGUCAGGGCUAGUAAGUCUUAACACUAAUUCCCUCCUCUGAUCUUUGAUCUGCUCUUGAUGAAGAAGGGUCCUUCUAUGCUUGUGCAGGACAUCCUGGAAGGCUGUGCAGGACAGGGGUUCCUGACCAAAGGCACGAGCUGAAUGUGAAGGAGAGCAGUGCCAUGUUUCUUAGUGCUUUUACUUUACUCUGUCAAGAAACUUUACCCUUGCCUGUCUCCAGAAUUUUAAGCAGGCUGCAUCUGGUUUUAAAUAGGCACUUUUGCAUCAUUUUAAGCUGCAUUUUCUAAAGUAGGAAAAAAAAAAUCCUUUACAUUCCAAGAACUUUUAAAAAUACAAGUUUUACAUGCAAAUUCAUCUCUAACUAAUAUAUUUUCGCAUAGAACAUGCACUUUUUUUUUCUUGUUGCUGUGGUAAUCUCUUGUUAACAACAUAACCCAAAAAGUCUUAAAACUAUUUGGUUAAUUAGGAAAGAAAUCCUCUUGAUGUAGUAGAGUAUGGUAUGUGUUUACCCUUCUGUGCGUGUGUGGCUAACUUUCUGCUGAUGAGCAUCCACAGCAGGAGGGAAAUAGACCCUUAAAUCAUUCCAUAAUGGCAUCUCACAGGAAGGUUGAAUUCCCUUUUAAACAGUUGCAAGAUGACCAUAACACACAGAUCCCAGUGGCUCGUAGUGUCUCUCUUCAUAGUAUUGGUUUAAAGCUACUUGCAGUUUGCUUUGGACUUGAAAUUGCAGUGUCAGCUGUGCUGGCAUUAAGGCAGAGCAUUGAAAUGUUUAUCUGGCACAAAAAUGGAUGCAUAGAAGGAACAAUUUAGGUAUUUAUUAUUUAUGUUUUAGUCAAUGACUAAUUAGUAGGUGCUGCUUUUGCAGCUUGAAGAUUAUGUUAUCUUACUAACUGAAGCUGCCUUUAUUAAGAAAAGGCCUUCCUCCCCUCACACCUCCCUUUUUUUGUUUUGAUUUUGACAGUCACGAGAGCUGUAGUUUUAGGAAAGCUUCUAGCAACGAGAGCUGCUUGAAAUAGUCCAGUGAAGGUGAUGUUCCAGCUUUUCAACCUGUUCUACAGGCAAGCAUCUUUAAAACCAGGGUUGCCAACAGGUUUAUGUAAUAGAAACACAGUGUUAUUCCUUAUUCAGUAGGGGUUUUUAACAGUACUUCUUUUUAAUCUAACAUUCCUUUGUGAAUUUCAAAUUUUCUGGGGACCUCCACUCCUCACUGUGAACUCCAGGGCUUCAGUCACACGGAUGCGAUGGCACCUGCAUGGUUCAAGCCCCGUGGAUUAGAUUUAGGGCACAUGGUAACAGUCAUUAACAAUCCUAGUCAGUGGUUGUUCUCAGCAGGACUCCUGGGGUAGUCACGAAAUCUUCAGACUGUCUUGCACAUAAGUAUAAGGGUGCACCCACACACACACACGUGCUGAUAACUUAUUUUUUAAAUUUGAUACUUCUUUUUAAUUCUUAAGCAGGAAUGGUUUUUAAGUGCUUUGUUGGUAAGUUUUCAUUAUUAACUAGACCAAGCAGAAGGUGGCAACAAUCCCAUCUUUUGUGGUUAGAAGAAAAUCUGCCACUUUUAUCACUUAUAAUGUAAGGUGCAAUUUAUUUUGUCUUAGUACAAAAAAGGGAAAGAAAACACAUGGUUGCUGAUGUAUCUAUUUACGUUAUGUACUAGGUUUAAAAUAUCUCAAAACAAAAUUUAAAGUAAGUUUGUAUUUUUCUGAAAGACAAAAAGCAUCUACGCAAAGAAGUUUUUGUAGCAAGCUGGCAAUCCCAGUGCUGGUGUUGCAACAGUGUGAAAUGGAUGAGGAUGGUCCUGCAGUCUUGCUCAGGCAAAACUUCCAUGGAGGGCUGAUACUGAGUAAGAACUUCAGAGUCAAGGCCAGCAUAAAUAAAUGGUGUGACGUUAUGCUGUGAGUAAAUACUGUCUGUCUUGGAAGUCAUCAAAAGAUGAGCUGCCAUGUUUGGAACAUCAUCUGGGGGCAGUGUCACAUUUUGGACCUAAAUGAUAACCUUUACUAUAGCAAUUAAUAAGCAGACACAGAUACGUAAGUUAUAUAUGGGACAUUGUGUCUGAGUUACAAAGUGCUGUAAUUGUGAAGAAAAAUCAAGGAAAGCAAAACUCUUUGCAUUGGGGAUCAGAGCUUGCUCCAAGCUGAUGCUGUGGUAGUGCUGCUGAGACUGACAUCCUGCUUAGUGGCUUUUCUGGUUCUGAAAUGGCAGGCACUUGGAGCCUGGAAUGAACAUUAGAUACUGCUAGAAGAGAAUAACUUCACAGAUCUUACAUUUGGUGAAAAGGAGAAUUCAGAGCAGGGACCUACAGUUUGUACAAAACAAGCAGGUUAUGCAUCUUCAUUUGAAUGUGCAGGUGUUACCUUAAAGUCACACUGGCUGGUCCAUGCUGAACAGGACUCCAGCUGAAAGCCAGUUUUGAUCAGAAUCCCCUUCUGUGGCAGAGGGGUGUUAUUUCCACAUGCACACAUUGAUCCUCUGUGUGUGAUGCUUUGCUCAUUUCAAUUCCCUGCCCAUUCUGCAUGCCAGCCAUGUAACACUGCUGGGAUCAGGCAGUAAUAAACAAAGGGAAUGUGGCAAAAUGCAGAACAUGUAAGUAUGGGACUUAAUGAAUUAUGUCCAAAGUCAGCAUUAUGUAAACUUGUUUAUAUGGUAAUGUUAAACCUUGAGGCUUAUAGCUCAAAUGACAAUUUAUUUUCAUAUUUGUCCAAUUCUUUCUUUGGUGAUGUUUGGACAUUGCGUAGUAAUAUUUGUAUUUUCAUUUUCGGAUUUUCAGGGUGGAUUUUUUUUUAGAAUUGAAAUUAUGGGUUCAUGUUUUGGUGCUCUCAGCAAGCAGAGAAUUUUAACAAUUCCUUCAUGACAGCAAGUGUUACACAGGGAAGUCCAUCUGUAUCUGUUGUUAAGCCUUCAUUAUUGCUGAGCCUAGAGACCCAGGACUGUGCGUUCGUGUGUUACAGAUUGCCUUUCCCACCUAUUGGCUUCAACGCACAGCCUGUGCGCAGUUGUUAACGGCAUUUUAACAAUGAUCCUGCAGCACCUUGAAAAGGACCAACUAAUGUGUAUUAAUUCACCUUCUGUCCAUCUCCUACAGCACUAAUUGCAAGACUAAUGAAGUCUCCAUCACUCUUACCUAUGAUUAUUGUGACAGUAGUGAAGUCAGGGAGUCACAGAUGGCAUAUUCUAAAGGUGGCCAAAGGGAGAUAGGAAGGGUGAAAAAUAAGCUAAAACUUUGCAGAAGUCUGGCACAAUUCUGCUGCAGCAAAAAUUUGAACAAGCUGGCACAGGAAGGCUGAGAAGCACUGAGACCAUGAGAUCUCAGCUUUUACUUCCCAGAUAAAAAGAAAAUAAGAUCCAGAUUUUUAUUGUAGCCAAGCAAUGAGGACCGAUUUUUUGUUGAUUUCUCUAGUUCUCUUUCAUCAGUGCUGUCAGAGAACUGCCAGAUUGCCCCUGGCUAUCACACCCUCCUUGUCUUCCCAGAUCCCAAGGCUUCAGGAGUUGGCCACAUGAACCCUUGGCCAACUCCACCACUUUGAACUGAGCAGGAAGUUUUGUACUUGUGCAAGCCAAAUCCCUUAGGCUUCUUCCAAAUCCAGCUCAGAAAAGUUUGCUUUUCAGGGCAGCCAUCAGUCAGCUCAGUACUAACAAACACGAAGGAGUUGGUAAAAGUUGGUAAAAGCAAUUAUCUUUUCUUGAUCUUCAGGCAUACUCAUAUUUAAUAUAUGUAAUAUUAGGCUUGGUUAUUCCAGCAACAGAGGAAGCCCAGCAGAACAUGGUGAUCAGUAUUUUGCACUGGCCUUUGCUGAAAGUUGUGAAAAGAUAGUGAUCCGUAUGUGCUUUCAUUUCAACCAAGAUAGUAUUAAGGUUUUGUAGGACAUUACAUUAAACCCAUAUUAAAUAACAAUUUAAACCAUAAUGUAAAAAAGUCUUUACAGACAAAACUUCAGGCUUCUGCCAAGACAGCUCCAGGCUUGAUGCCCACAGGUGGGGUGGGAGGAAUGCAGCAUUGGAGGGGACAGGACACUGUCCCUCUAGGGGCCCAGCAGGAGUUACUGAGACCAGGAGCUGCUGAGGGCGGUCACUGCUGCAGCCAGGCACAGAGGAGCCAAAUAAAUCUGAACUAAACUGAAGGGCAGUGAGGGAAAUACCUUUUUUCCUGUAUUCUUGUACUGUUAUUCCUGUACUCUUCAAAGGAGGCUAAUGCUGGUUUCUAACUCCCUUUGAAGGCACAGAGUAGAAGAGACUGGCCUUUGGAAACCUCCAUGGCCACUGUGUCAGUAAGGGAAAGAAGGUUCAGGUGGAGGGCAUUUAGAAUUGAGGCAACAGGAUCUUAUAGCCCAUGUUACCCAGGACCAUGAUAGCAUUAGGGUGUCUCCAGUUUAGUGUGAUAUUGGCAGCAAUUAACCCUCAUGAUGUGAUCCUACAGGUACCAUGUUGAUUUUGCUCCUUUACACUAACCGUAGUGAGUAGCUCAAGCUCUGCUCUUUGCUUCUGCCUUGGUUACCUUCUUUUGCUCAUGGGUGCUAUCACAGCUGCUACCUCACUGUGUCUGCAAACGUUUACCUGAUAACAACAAAAAAGGUACCAGAACUCUCCUUGAACUGAAUGUAUAAUCUAUGCAAAUUCUCUUUCUACUUUGUUAAAACCUAGAAGUAUUACUUGUAACCUUGCCAAACAAACAGCAAGAUACUGUACAGGUGCCUCUGAUAACAGAGUGACUAUUCUAGGCGCGGUUCAUUGCGCUGCAGUUGUAUAUUAUAAUGACUUGUCUUUGGUUCUGUUCUAAUUAACACCCUCAACUAAGAUGAUAGCAGUCUCUUGCUGGGAGAGCGCCUUCAGUUUGCUGGGAAUAUUCUGGAGGAGGAUAUCUAUGGCAUUUCAUUUUAUUUUCCUGCUUACAUCCAAAAGAAGGCACAGACCUGCUGGCCAAAAUUAGGAUGCUGUUUCAGAUUUUCCUUGGGUGAAUCCUAUCAGCUUUGGAUCGCUUGUGCUCUGUUCCCAUUGUGGCACCCAGUGUGUUGCCCCUUAAAGAAAGCCUUACUUUCAUCCUUUUUAAUGUGGCCUUAAACUUAGGAAGUUAGGUGUUGUCUGUGUCUUGCUCACUUUUUCUGUUUGUUGUAGAAAGAAUAAAAGGCACCUUGAGAUUUCUAUUACAGCUCAGCUGUGUUGCUGUCAGCUUACACUUCACAAAUACAAUAGAAAUUGCUUACAAAUGCAGUCUUUAGGGGAAGAAAAUGACCUUCCCUUUGGGCAAAAGGAAGGCUCAAAUGUCUGUAUAAACCGUAGGAAAUUAUGAGCUCUGUCUUUUGCAACUCACGGUAGAUAAGGAAGGCUGAUUUAAUUACCUACAAAGUAAAACUUGAUAACUUUUCAUUUAGCUUCAGCCUGCAACAGGGCAAGACUGCUCUAGAUGCACAGGAAAAAUUCUAGUGUAAUUUCAUUCAUUUUGACAUGACAUAAUGGCAUUCCUUUCAGAUUUGUACUGGUGUCUGGGAGAAGAUUUAUUCUCUUAAUGGUAUGGUCUUUAAAUCUGAAGAACAUCACCACUUGGGGUCAGAUUUUGAGUGAUGGUUGGGAAUCCAACAGUAGACUUAGAGGAGUCUGGCUGUAUCAUCAAAAUCCUAAAUGCAUUUCUCAAAAUGUGGCUUUUGGAGCUUCAUCCAAAGGUUGUCAAAGUCAGCAGAAACCAAGGAUUUCUGCUAAAACUUGUAUCUUUUUGUUUCUUUAAUACUUUUUUUCCAUGGAGAACUGUCACGUUUCCGUAGCACCAAUAUUCCCGGCAGGCUGCAGUGCUUUUAGGAAUCUCAAAUCCUAGCCUCUUCUGGUAUUGAGAUGCAGAUAGAACUCAAAGGCAACUGAAAAGGGUUUACAUAGAAAACAAGACUUGUAAAACAAAAAGAAUUAAGUUGAGUUAAUGAAAUUAUUUUUCUGACUUCGUCAUUUGGGUUUUGUUUUCAGUUGAUUGGAUUUUUGUAUUCCUAACAUAGUCCAUAGUAAGUUAUUCCUGUUCUGUCAUUUUCAAAAACCGGUGGUAAUAUAGUUUUAAAAAAUAACUAUUUUGUUAUAGAUCAUUAUAUGCAUAAAACUGUACAGAAAUAUUUUGUAAGCUAUUGAAUAAUUAAAAAAAGAAAACCAUGUAUAUACAGCAAAGUUUAAAAAAAAAUAAUUGGAAAUUCAAAUGAAACACUGAAAGAUGUAGAUAUUUUGCUAUUUAUUUAAAGGAGUAUUUUAUGAGAUAUUGAAAUGUCUUAAAUUGAUCAGUAAUCAAAGUUCAAAGUCAGAAUGCUUUUCCUGUAGUAGAAUGUGAUUUUCAGCAAUUAUUGCACUACCCGUUUUUGCACCCUUUUGUCUUUCAUUUAGCAGAAAACAAUGUGCCUUAGCUGUAUUCUUUGUCAAUGGGAGUUUGGGUUUUUUUCUGUCUGACAAAGCAAAUUUUUUUGCAGAACAAGAAAUGGAUGUAUUAAAUAAUGUAUUAUACCAAAAACACUGCAGUUGUAUAUAAAUGCUGUCAUGUUUUCAGAUGCAGAAUUUUAAAAUAAAAUUUAAAAAAAAAAAGCUGUCUU